AUGAAAACCAUUAAGAAACUUAACUUAGUACUUGUUAUCGCGGUUGUAGUAUUUAUCACUUUCGCUUCUACUUCGUCUCCUAAUUUGAAAAGACGCGAAUCUAUAAACGAGGAUCAAUCAUCUUUGGUCAAAAGACAGUACAAGUGUAAAGCAGGAUAUUAUCCGUGUAGAUACGGUGGUUGUUGUUACGGCACUUCGUUUUGUUAUGCUUAUAACAAACAAUACUAUUGCGGUCUUCCUCCUCGUUGUCCUGUAGAUUGCGGUGACGCGCGAAGUACUCUUAAUACUUUAUAUGACUUGGAAUUUGCUAAAGAUACUACAGAUAAUAAUACAAAGACAAUGUGCUGUAACGAAGAUAUCCGAGACGCCAUUGAUGAUGUCUGUGACAUCUUAUCCAAAUGGAACGACCGUCUUAUAUACGAAUACAAUAAAGGAUUACAUGAAUCUUAUAAAAUUAGUUCAAUUAAACAACGCAGCGCAGAUCAAAAAAGUGCGCGUUAG